GAACUCUAGCCUACCCAUUGUAGCCAGAGCUGAUUGUAGCCUACACACUGAGAACGAAAGUUUUUCUGCAGCUCAACGCGGACACGGUCCCGAACAGGGUCUGUUGCAUUCCAUAAAGGUGUACCACAGACUGAUGGUAGGAGCUAAGAGAAAGAUACAGAGAGAAAGAAAAACAUGAAUAACGAGAGGGAGGAGGAGGAAGAUCAAGCAGGACCUUCUUCUAAAGUCAAACUCAGUCAGAAGGAAAAGGAACUCCAGACAUCCAUAUCUGACCUAGUGGACUCAGAUGAGGAGAAGAAGAUGAAGAAGAAGAAGAAGAGGAGCAGGGCCUCCAAAGUGGGCGUGUCUUCAUCUGACUCUGACAGAUGGACACCAGAGGAGACAGAGGUCCAUGAGAAAUUCCGAUCCACAUUAAAGAGCAAGUUUCAGCAUCUGGUUAAGGGAGUACCUAAUCGGGGAGAAACCAGACUCCUCCAGGAGAUCUUUACAAAAAGGGAAAGAGGAAGGGUCAAUGAUGAACACGAGGUCAGACAGAUAGAGAGAGCAUCCUGGAGAGAAGCCGCACGUGGCAGACUAAUCAAAUGCAGUAAGAUCUUUGAACCCUUAUCUGGUCACAGACAACAGAAAACCAUCAGAACAGUGCUGACAAAGGGAGUGGCUGGCAUUGGGAAAACUGUCUCUGUGCAGAAGUUCAUCCUGGACUGGACUGAAGGAAAAACCAAUCAGGAUGUCCACUUCAUAUUUCCUCUUCCUUUCCGAGAGUUGAACCUGAUGAUGGACAAGCAACUUAGUCUGGUGGAGCUUAUUCAACACUUUUUUCCAGAAAUAAAAGAUUCAAACAUCUUCACCAGCUCAAAGCACAGAGUCAUGUUCAUCUUUGAUGGUUUGGAUGAGUGUCGACUUUCUCUAGAUUUCCGUUCCAACCUGAGUUGUCGUGAUGUGACAGAGCCAGUCUCAGUGAACUUGCUGCUGACAAACCUCAUCAAGAGGAAUCUGCUUCCCUCUGCUCUCCUCUGGAUCACCACUCGACCAGCAGCAGCCAGUCAGAUCCCUCCUGGGUAUGUUGACCAGGUGACAGAAAUAAUGGGAUUCAGUGACCUGCAGAAAAAGAAGUACUUUAAGAAGUACUUUAAGAAAAGAACCAGUAAUGAGAACCUCGCCAGCAAAACCAUCACACAUCUGAAGUCAUCCAGUAGCCUCUACAUCAUGUGCUACAUUCCGGUCUUCUGUUGGAUUUCAGCCACUGUGGUAAAGAGAUCAUUUGAAUCAGAAAAAGUAGAAAUGCCAAGAACUCUCACUCAAAUGUACACUCACUUCCUGAUCAUUCAGACAAGCAUAAAACAUGUCAAGUACACAGAGAGAAAAGAGACAGAUGAAGAGAUGAUUUUCAAACUGGGGAAACUGGCUUUCCAACAGCUGGAGAAAGGCAAUCUGAUCUUCUAUGAGGAAGACCUGAGUGAAUGUGGCAUUGAUGUCACAGAAGCAUCAGUGUACUCAGGAGUGUGUACUCAGAUCUUCAGAGAGGAGUCUGGGCUGUACCAUGGGAAAGUGUUCAGCUUUUUGCAUCUGAGCAUUCAAGAGUUUCUUGCAGCUUUAUAUGUGUUCCUCUGCUUCAAAAACACAGAGAGAAGCAUGUCUGACCAACAUCAAACCUCUCAGCUCUCUGCUCUGUUCAGUUUGGCAGCACUGCAUGACCUACACAAGACUGCAGUGGACCUGGCCUUACAAAUUGAGAAUGGACACCUGGACCUUUUCCUCCGCUUCUUGUUGGGCCUCUCACUGGAGUCCAAUCAGAAUCUCCUAAUGCACCUACUGCCACAGACAAGAAGUCAACCACAGAGCUCAGAGCAAACAGUCCAGUAUAUCAAACAGAAGAUCAGAGAUCAAAGAAAUUCAGACAGAAGGAUCAACCUGUUCUACUGUCUGAAUGAGCUGAAUCACCAUGCUGUAGUGGAGGUCAUUGACAGGAGCUCAGGAACUCUGUCUGUAGACAUGCUCGUACCAGGACAGUGGAAGACUAGGAGAUUUAAGUUUAAGAUUCCAGAAGAGCAGCUGGAUGAGUUUGACCUGCAGAAGUACAUAAAGACACCAGAGACUGAUCAGACUGAACUCCUCAGUCCAGAUAAAGUUCUUCAGAGGCUGGUUCCAGUGGUCACAUCAGCACUGCUGUGGAAUUGUUCCCUCACAAAGAAGAGCUGUGCUGCGAUAGCGUCAGCUGCCAGAUCAAACUCCUGCAGUUUGAAGGAGCUGAACCUGAGUAACAAUAAGCUUCAUGAUGCAGGAGUUCAGCAUCUCUCAGAGCUCCUCAAAAAUCCCCACUGCAAACUGGAGAAACUAGAGCUGAGUAGUUGUUCCCUCACAGAGAAGAGCUGUGCUGUGAUAGCAUCAGCUGCCAGAUCAAACUCCUGCAGUUUGAAGGAGCUGAACCUGAGUCACAAUGAGCUUCAUGAUGCAGGAGUUCAGCAUCUCUCAGAGCUCCUCAAGAAUCCCCACUGCAAACUGGAGAAACUAGCGCUGAGUAGUUGUUCCCUCACAGAGAAGAGCUGUGCUGUGAUAGCAUCAGCUGCCAGAUCAAACUCCUGCAGUUUGAAGGAGCUGAACCUGAGUAGCAAUAAGCUUCAUGAUGCAGGAGUUCAGCAUCUCUCAGAGCUCCUCAAGAAUCCCCACUGCAAACUGGAGAAACUAACGCUGAGUAGUUGUUCCCUCACAGAGAAGAGCUGUGCUGCGAUAGUGUCAGCUGCCAGAUCAAACUCCUGCCGUUUGAAGGAGCUGAACCUGAGUCACAAUGAGCUUCAUGAUGCAGGAGUUCAGCAUCUCUCAGAGCUCCUCAAGAAUCCCCACUGCAAACUGGAGAAAUUAACGCUGAGGUGUUGUUCCCUCACAGAGAAGAGCUGUGCUGUGAUAGCAUCAGCUGCCAGAUCAAACUCCUGCAGUUUGAAGGAGCUGAACCUGAGUUACAAUAAGCUUCAUGAUGCAGGAGUUCAGCAUCUCUCAGAGCUCCUCAAGAAUCCCCACUGCAAACUGGAGAAAUUAACAGUGAAUUAUCGUACCUUCCUAAAGGACAGUCCAGCAGCAGCCUCUGCUUACAGCUCCCACUCUGCUGCAGAGCUGAACCUCAGAGACAAAGCCCAGCAGGACCCAGGAGCACAGCUUCUCUCUCUGGACACUCACACGGAGGAUCACCACAAUGAUGUCCCACAGAGGAGCUGUGAAUCCUGUGCUGAAGUUCCAGACUCCAGCCACUGGGUCCAGGUGGAGCCUGAAGUCUCCACAGAGAGCGUCUCCACCUACAGCCUGAGCUCUCCUGCAGGGAGCUAUGAGUGCCCAGAGUCUGGUCUGCGCUGGACAUGUGCUGGUCCAGUCACCCUGCAGUACCGCUUCACAGACUGGCAUCUCUUGACUGAUGAGCUGCCCCACAUGCAGUAUAGACCAGCUGGCUCUUCAAUGGACAUCAAGCUCAUCUCAGGAAAGCUGGAGGAGAUCCAUCUGCCACAUUUCCUCUGUUUGGGAGGUAGCCAGUCUUCUCUGAAGGAUGCUGUGGAGUUUCUGCAUAAGCAGGACAGUGGAGUGUCUAUAGAGAAGUGUGAGCUGAGUCGCUUCCAUGCCAGGCUGGUGAACCCCUCCUUUUCUCUUCUCGGGCUUUUCUACUCUCUGAAAUAUCUCAUAUUUCCUGGCAAGGAAGAAGAGAAGGAGAAGCAGGUUGACGUCCAUGCAGAUGUUCUGGUCUAUCAGAGCAGCAAAGCACCCCUCAUUUUCCGCACAUACCUGCUGCCCAUGGAUACCCAUUUGAAAAGGUUAGUGGAGGAGCAGGAAAAAUCAGAAUUCAGAGGCCACAGACUCCACAAAAACCGGCCUGACAUUCCUCUGCGGAUGAAUGGGUUCUAUGCUUUGCACACUUACUGCGUAAAGACCGACUGCUCCAAGACUGACUGCAAUUCCGAAAUCUGUCCAGGAAGUCUGGGCCUCAGAAACGAAGAUUAUGUUCCCAACUUCUUUGAGGUGCAGAUGAGGGAGACUGUGGACUUCAAAAUGAAGCUCAGCAGCUCUGUAGAUGAACAGCAAGUCUGGGAAGCACGGAUCUUGGCCAGUGAAUGCUGGGACAAUCCCCAGGCCUCAGUGGAAGUGUCCACUACCAGCACAGAGGAGAUGCCCUCUGACUCCUCUAGCCCAGUCCAGCCAGCCUCAGUCUCGUCCUCCAUUACGGCGCACACUGGUGGAGUUGUUGUGUGUCCUAUUGUCUCUGGCAAUAAUAUCAAAAGACAAUUAUCCAUCAAAAUUGAUCACAUUCCACCAAAGUGAACUUCCGGAUGUUGCUAAAACCACCCUUCAUCAUAUUGCUCUAUGUGCCAAUCAAAUAAAGCUCCAGUCUAGUAGCUCUCAGGUUUCCAAUUUCACAUUUUUGAAUACAAUUGAAUUGAAUGUAUCUAAUGUUUAUACUCAAGGCUUAACGUUGUGGCCGUUUAAGAUUUGAAUAGA